AUAUCAUAAUAUUUGUUAUUCAAUACGUUAUCAAUACCCAGACUAUGUUUCCUUCCAUAACCCUGUUUUAUAUCAUAUGAGUUUUUACUCCCACCCUGACUUAAGAGUAGGGAUUCGUCCCCGCUCUAAACAAGCGCUCGAUAGCACUACAUAAAAAGGAUGACACGACCAUAUGACAAGUCAGUCGUAACCCGCUCUUCAAGUUAACAAGUAACAUUAAGUAACAAUUUCUGCGUUUAACCUUCAGUGUUACAUAAUGGCUAAUAAUCUGAUCGAUUGUAACACAUUCUUUAUUGAUAGCAAUGUUUAUUUACAUAUUGGCUUAGAUCCGGAACUUUUGUUUAAUUGUGUUGUUUGUAUUACAAGUAACUCUCAGUGCGUGAAAAUGAGUGUUGAAUUGUUUCAAUCCAUAAAUACACUUCUUAACAACGUAAACUUUAGACUUCCAUCGCACUUACUGUUAAAGGAGUUUAAAUUGAUGUCAAUAGAGGAAUUCAACGGUGUCAACAUUCUGUCAAUCAAAUGCUUGCAGCAAGACCAGAAUGUGCAGUUGACUAAGGAGAAUGUUAAAAAGAUUUUACAAUUGAGCGAUGCCAUGGAAGAAGUUAUUCAGAUGAAAAAUAUGUAUGUUCGGUCCGCUUCAUUGCUUCAGGCCUGUAAGAUUUCAAUGUUUCUGGGGAAAGAAAUGCCGUUACCCAAAGAUACAAAAAUAAGCGAUGUUGAGGAUUAUCUGGAGCACAUUGAGGUCAAGAAAUUGAAAGAACGUAUUUCAGUCCAAGGUACUUGUUUAAUAGCAGAUUUAAAGAUUAAAGCACUCAAACAAUUGGCAAGGGGCUGGUUAUCUUCUUCACCCGAAACUGAGGCUGAAGUCAACAGACCGAGGACAAGAGCAUUUGUAGCGCGUGAAAGGGCAAAGGCAAGCCGUAGAUUAAGUUAUUUGAAAUAAUUUAUUAUGUAAUAUUUUAUUGUAAUACAA